GGACUAAGUAAUAUUCAAAGUCAGGCCUUGGAAGAGGAGAACGAAUUAAAAGUAAAAGAAAAACUUAAAGAAGAUUUUAAGAAUAAUCAAUCUGUUAUGGAAAAGAUAUCUUCUUUAGAACAGGAUAUGCUAGAAUUGAAAACGAAAUCCGAUAACAAAGGGAACCCACUGGUGAUAGCAAUUCUUGACAACUGGAGAGAAGAUGACGUUGCCUUCAUUCCUACAAGAGCAAGUGAAGUGGUUGAGGAAAAGCUUAAAAGUCAUCACCUUAUCACGGUGGUUGGAAAUUCUGGUUCCGGAAAAUCUGCAAUAAUUCAACAUAUUGCACUCAUAAUGAAAAAGCUGGGAUGGAAUGUCAUGCCAGUUAAUAAGGUUAAAGAGAUUAAAAAGAUUUGUUCAUCCGAAGUCUCAGACCGUAUAUUAUUUGUAUUCAAUGAUCCUUUGGGUAAGGAAUCUGUAGAUGAAAUUUUAUAUCAUUCAUGGAAAAAUUUAGAGCAAACGCUGAAAAUUUGCUUGAAGAAAAAUAAACUAUUGAUAUCAUGUAGAAGAUGCGUUUUCUAUGACAAGAGAAUCAAGGGUAUCUUACUGGACGAAUCCACUGCAGUAGAAAUUGACAACAAAACAAAUGGACUGACUGUUAAAGAGAAAAAAGCGAUUUUUAAUCAGUAUUCACAGAGUCUGGGUUUAUCCGAAGAAGUUGUUUCUGAAAUAAUUAAAACAGAAGCUUACUUUCCGUUGCUUUGUAAGCUCUUUUCAAGAGAGUCAACCUACAAAGAAAAGGGGGUUGAUUUCUUCAAACAUCCAUACAGAUUUAUUAAAAAUGAAAUUGAAAUUUGGAAGAAAACAGACAAAAAAAAAUUUUGCGCACUUAUCUUGUUAGUAGCAUUUAAAAACAAGUUGAAAAUCGAUAGUAUUGGUAAAAAUGAUAUGAAAUUUGAGAACAUUUUAGGAAUGUGUGAGCUACAAAAAAACACACAUAUUUCAGUCAUUCGUAGUACUCUACAUGAAUUGAGAGGAUCUUAUGUCAAACAAGUCGGAAAUGUUUUCGAAUUCCUUCACGACUUUAUAAUGGAGAUAACGACUCUGGUGUUUGGUGUUGAUUGUCCACAAGAGACAAUACAGUACGCAGACAGUGGAUUUCUGAGACGUCGGAUGAAGAUAAAAGACGAUGCAGAAGAGGAAGACCGUGAUCCCUUCACUGUUUACCUUCCUGAAGAGUACAUUGGUGAUCUUGUGGACAGAUUUAUCAUUGACAUGCAAACAGAGCACCUUGUAGAUGUUCUACUCAAUCCAUGUUUAAGGGAAGAAAGUGUCAUCAAAUCUUUUAAAGAAAAGGAGGACUUGCUUGAACAGCUUCUUGAUGAAAUAUGUCCUUUAGUCGGACUAAUCAUAUUUUGUCAUAAUGAAAUUUCUUCGUUUAUCUUAAAAGCUUGUCAAGAAGGACAUAGAAGCAAGGUACAACUGUUACUGGACAAUGGUGCCGAUAUCAAUUUAUGUCUCAAGAAUGGAUUUAAUCCUCUUUUAAUAGCUUGUCUAAAUGGAUACGAUAACAUUGUGCAACUGUUACUGAACAACGGUGCCGACAUCAAUUUAUGUGAUAAUGAUGGAUUGAGUCCACUUUAUAUAGCUUGUCAAAAAAGACAUGAUAGCACGGCACAACUGUUACUGAACAACGGUGCAGACAUCAAUUUAUGUGAUAAUAAUAAAUUGAGUCCUCUUUUUAUAACUUGUCAAAAAAGAUAUGAUAGCACGGUACAACUGUUACUGAACAACGGUGCAGACAUCAAUUUAUGUGAUAAUGAUGGAUUGAGUCCUCUUUUUAUAGCUUGUCUAAAAGGACAUGAUAGCACGGUACAACUGUUACUGAACAACGGUGCCGACAUCAACUUAUGUGAUAAUGAUGGAUUGAGUCCUCUUUAUAUAGCUUGUCAAAAAGGACAUGAUAGCACGGCACAACUGUUACUGAACAACGGUGCCGACAUCAAUUUAUUUGAUAAUGAUGGAUUGAGUCCACUUUAUAUAGCUUGUCAAAAAAGACAUGAUAGCACGGUACAACUGUUACUGAACAACGGUGCCGACAUCAAUUUAUGUGAUAAUGAUGGAUUGAGUCCUCUUUAUAUAGCUUGUCAAAAAGGACAUGAUAGCACGGUAAAAUUGUUACUGAACAACGGUGCCGACAUCAAUUUAUGUGAUAAUGAUGGAUUGAGUCCACUUUAUAUAGCUUGUCAAAAAGGACAUGAUAGCACGGUACAACUGUUACUGAACAACGGUGCCGACAUCAAUUUAUUUGAUAAUGAUGGAUUGAGUCCACUUUAUAUAGCUUGUCAAAAAAGACAUGAUAGCACGGUACAACUGUUACUGAACAACGGUGCCGACAUCAAUUUAUGUGAUAAUGAUGGAUUGAGUCCUCUUUAUCUAGCUUGUCAACAUGGACAUGAUAGCACGGUAAAAUUGUUACUGAACAACGGUGCCGACAUCAAUUUAUGUGAUAAUGUUGGAUUGAGUCCACUUUAUAAAGCUUGUAAAAAAGGACAUGAUAGCACGGUGCAACUGUUACUGAACAACGGUGCCGACAUCAAUUUAUGUGAUAAUGAUGGAUUGAGUCCACUUUAUAUAGCUUGUCAAAAAAGACAUGAUAGCACGGUGCAACUGUUACUGAACAACGGUGCAGACAUCAAUUUAUGUGAUAAUGAUGGAUUGAGUCCUCUUUAUAUAGCUUGUCAAAAAGGACAUGAUAGCACGGUACAACUAUUACUGAACAACGGUGCCGACAUCAAUUCAUGUAACAAAAAAGGAGGCAGUCCUCUUUAUAUAGCUUGUCAAAAAGGACAUGAUAGCACAGUACAACUGUUACUGAACAACGGUGCCGACAUAAAUUUAUGUGAUAAUAAUCUAUUUAGUCCUCUUUGCAUAGCUCGUCAUAAAGGUCUUGAUAGCACGGUACAGCUGUUACUGAAAAACGGCGCGGACAUUAAUUCUUGUUACAAGAAUGGAGUCACCCCCCUUUAUGUAGCUUGUGAUAAUUGACAUAAUAGCACAGUGCAAUUGUUACUUAACAACGGUGCCGACAUCAAUUUAUGUACAAACGAUGGAACCAGUCCUCUUUCUACAAUGUAUGGCUUGUAA